AAUAAUUAUUUAAUUAACAUUAAUUCGAAAAAAAACUCUCAUAAUCCUUGGGCGCGAAGUAUAAUAGAAUUGUAUAGAAUUAUAGAUGGACAAACAAUGGGCACUAUAUCUUUGUACAAACACGAAUUGAGUACAAAUAUGUUGUCAACAAAACAAUAAAAAAUAAAAUAACAUGAAAUUGCGGAUUUGCGUAGGUCAAACCAAAGCGCGGCUACAAUCGGCUUUACCGAAACCCACUCUGCGCCGGUUCAAGUCAAACUCCACCCAAAGAUUUUGCGUAUGGAAGUUUCCGAUGAUAUUUCUCGCAUCCGGCAACAGAUCCGAGUUCCCGAUGCCCAAGCAGCUCAUAUUUCCGGUGACAUCAUAUGCUACCCGAUCGGCGGGGAUAUCAAUAUCAACGCCGUCGUCGAAUUCCAAAGUCAUGUUGCCGAUCAUCUUUCCGAUCUCCGCGGCGCUCCCGUCGAAGCACAUUUCCAUGACCCCCCGGAACACGUGACCAUUCUUAAAUUUUUCACCUGUGCGACGGGCGACUUCUUUCUUAAUAAUCUUGGUCAGGUUGGUCGCCAUAAACGUGUACUCAGUCCCGGAAUCGAUAAUCGUCAGACCUUCAUAUCUUUCGUUGUGGCGAAAAUAGGCUGCCGGAAUGUCCAACUUUACCCCGCCGAUUCUAACUCCGGUCAUAUUGACGACGUAGUUGAGAAAGUCGAGGGCGGGCGGGCGGAUAGUGGCAUCAGCGAAACUCAAUAGUUUCGCGUAAUUGAACGUGCCGGAAUUGGGAUUCGCGCCUAAGUAGAAAGCUCCGUCGGGAUUUCUCCGGCUGGCGUUGACCCUCUGCCGCCGGACCGGCACGCAGUAGGAGAAGGUCUGGUACUUGGAUUGGGAGAUGAAAGAGAAGGGCCCUGAGUUCAUCCCCAAAAUGCCCUCUGGCAUGGUCGCGCCGAACGCGCAACCCAUCAAGAACGCCGGCGAAUCAAACGGGGAAGAUGAAUUGGCGAGAGAAAUUUUCUCCUUGACCAAAGUGCCCUCUGCUACGGUUCUGUCGGCGUAGGAAGACGAGCAUUGGCACUUGGUUUUGUCGUCAUUACAAUAGUCGUCAACGCCCUGACGGAAAAUGUUGGGUUUGCAGCUCUUGCAAGGAAAGAAAGACAGGCUCUUUGACCUGGAAAUGCUAUACGGCGCCGUAUGAGUACGAACCAUCGGCGACGGCGGAGACGGCGGCGCCUUGGUGGUGUCAUUGAGGCACGGCAUCCACAUUAGCUGGCUGCCGGUGUCUAACACCAUGCGCUGAAUCUGUGGGGGCGUCCCUAUGCGAAGGGUAAUGGCCAGAGCCAUCGUAUACUUAACCGAGUAGUUGUGCGGCGGCGGUGGCCUCAGCUUCUUGUGCGGCGGCGGUGGUGUCCUCAGUUUCUUGUGCGGCGGCGGCGGCCCUUUCCCACUGCGAAGAUCAGCCUCCGAUUGUGACAGAGACGACUGGAACGGCGCCGUCUUGACACGCGACUUCAGACGAACCGAAGAGAGGGUAAAAGCAGCUGGCAAAGGCUCGCCGUCGCCGGCUGCGGCUCCAAAUAUGGAAAGGAAGAUCAGAGGCAGGAGCCAGAGAGGCGUGAAAGAAGCCAUUUUUAACGGAUCUAUGGGAGAUUUAUUAGUACUAAUUAUAUUUUGAGAAACAUGGAGAAAUGCCCAGAACGGAACGUUGGGCGAUGUCUGGUCGGAGAGAUUGAUGAUGUGAUUUGCGGCUGCCGUCUGUAUGUAUAGAUUUGGUGCAUAUAUAUAUACAGAGAUAUAGAGAUAGAGAGAGAAUGGAAACAGAGUAAAGCAGAACGGGAAAAGACACAUAUUCGAAGCAGAACGCGGGUUUCUUGCACAGGUAGAACUGACUUUAUGAUUGCAAUUCAGAAAAGUGUAUAUUU